UUUACCAAAAAAAAAAAAAACAACACACAAUCUCUCUCUCUCUUUCUCUUCUCCACCGGCUUACUUUUUUCUCCGGCGGAGACUCGCCGAGAGCGAGCAACCACCAUGUCGGCCCCCAGGAAGCUGCUGCUGACGUCAGCUCGCUCCUGCCGCCGCUCCGCGCUCUCCUCCAGAACCCUAGCGCCGCCGCCUCCGCCUCCGCCGCCGCCGGGAUCGCGCCGCCUCGCUCCCCCGCUCGCCCCACGGGCACUAGAGCAACUUGUUAAUCUUGAUAUGGGUAAGAUCCAGGAGGCUAAAUUACUGCCCGAUGUUCGCGGAGCACAAUUUCUAUUGCCAGCUGUCUUGGCUGGACUCUUUGGAGCUGGAGCUUUGGAAGUAGCAUAUGCAGAUGCUGAUAAGCCUGUUGAGAGUCCUCCAUUGCAGUCAGAGUCACCAUCGGUCGGUGAAAAGCUGGAGGAAAUUGCCAGGACAGAGCGACAGCGUGUUGAAGAGUUGCUCAAAAGUAAAGGAAUGCAUUAUGGUUCCUACCCCAGGUUUUCUGUCGGUGUUAAAGGUCAAAAGGUAACACUGAAGUUUCAGGUCCCUCCUGCAUGUGAAAUAUCCCAACUAAUUGCAAACCUUGUUUCCAACCUUGGAGUGAAGGCUGAGGAGCACAGUGGUGGUUCAGAUGUGCUGUUGCGUGGUUGGGACAGUGCAGUUGCUUGGCAGCUAAUGAUCAAUCCUCCAGAAAGGCAAAGAGAAGCAGAACAAGAGGAUCGUGCUGAAAAUAUAAAGAAACAGGAGGGUGAUUUAUGCAUUCUUAUAUUUCACUCUCUUAUCACUGCAGAUAAAGCGGAAAUUGAGUUCAUGAAGCCAGGAAGCUUGACUCUGAAAGAGCUGGAAGCUUUUGUGUCUGCCUUGCAAUUGGCGGGUAGAAAGUUGGGGAGUAAUAAGUCUUUAGAAAGUAGACCUAGGGAAGGUACCGAAAGGAAAACAACCCCAGAAAAGACGAUUACUAGUCUUCAGUCAAUGGGAGUGAGAAUUUACGGUAUUGAUGAACCUCCUGUUGAUGUUGAAAGCAAGAAGUUAUCGUGGGACAACAUUGCUGGGUAUGAAAAGCAAAAACGGGAGAUAGAGGACACCAUAUUACUGGCUUUACAUAGUCCAGAGGUGUAUGAUGAUAUUGCUCGUGGAACAAGGCGCAAGUUUGAGUCGAACAGGCCUCGAGCAGUGCUCUUCGAGGGUCCCCCAGGUACAGGGAAGACAUCAUGUGCUCGUGUUAUCGCCAAUCAAGCGGGUGUCCCAUUACUGUAUGUACCACUGGAGAUUGUCAUGUCAAAGUACUAUGGUGAAAGCGAAAGAUUGCUGGGACAAGUGUUUUCACUUGCCAAUGAAUUACCAAAUGGCGCUAUUGUUUUCCUAGAUGAGGUCGAUUCUUUUGCUGUUGCUCGUGAUAGUGAAAUGCAUGAAGCUACAAGAAGGAUCUUAUCAGUAUUGCUGCGACAGAUUGAUGGAUUUGAACAAGAUAAGAAGGUGGUCGUGAUAGCCGCAACAAAUAGGAAGCAAGACCUGGAUCCUGCAUUAAUCAGUCGGUUUGAUUCAAUGAUCACCUUCGGCCUUCCCGACCAACAGAACCGCCAGGAAAUAGCAGCUCAGUAUGCAAAGCACUUGACAGAACCUGAGUUGGUUGAAUUCGCUAAAGUCACUGAAGGGAUGUCUGGAAGGGACAUCAGAGAUGUGUGUCAACAAGCAGAGAGAUCAUGGGCUUCAAAGAUAAUUCGCAGGCAAGCGAACAAGGACGAGGAGGGGAUUCUCCCGCCUCUGCAAGAGUACAUCAAGAGCGCCACAAGCCGACGGAAUGCAUUGCUCAGCGUCGCGGAAGAGAGGGCUGGAGAUCCCACGACUCACAAGAAGAAAUUCCAGUUGGAUCUAAGCUAAAUUGAAGAGGCAUUAUUGCCUCCAAUUGGCGGGACGCGUCCCUUACUCUUUUACAUUCUUCUCUUGUCCAAACUCACCUAAUUCUGACUCUUUCCACUGUAAAAGCAUCACAUCUAGUUUACUCAUGGCCACAAGCGGAUUUACAGUCAUUCCUGUCCGAGGCGGCAAACGCGGGCACUUCGGAAUCUUAUAAA